GGAAGCAGGGCUCCUGCUAGCUCCAAGUCCAAAGCAACCGACCGAAAAGGACCCCUGCGGAGCGAGAAGGUUCGGUCUGGGGUGCGAACUUCCGGGCGCCACCACCGGCCCGGAGCGUGCGCGGCCCAGCUGACAGAUUCUUUAAUGGAGAAUCCAGUCAGUGUGCACACCUGGUUUUAUGCAAUGAUCUACAGACCCCAGCUCUGAAGCCAGUUCAUCAUUCCCACUAUCCACGUGUGGACUAAUUGGUCAUCCUCACAAUGUUGGACUUCCUAGCUGAGAACAACCUCUGUGGCCAAGCAAUCUUGAGGAUUGUCUCCUGUGGCAAUGCCAUCAUAGCUGAGCUGCUGAGGCUGUCCGAGUUUAUUCCUACUGUGUUCCGGUUGAAAGACCGAGCUGAUCAACAGAAGUAUGGAGAUAUCAUAUUUGAUUUCAGCUAUUUUAAGGUACUCUCCCCUGUGACAUUUGUAUUGCUGUCCUUUUCAACAAAACCUGUUUUCUCUAGGAGCCAUGAUACCCCAAAAGGUCAAGUCAUUAAGGAGAAAGAAUAUCUAGAUGAUCUCAAUGAAGGUGUUUAUAUUCAGCAAACAAUAGAAACUGUGCUUCUCAAUGAAGAUGGAAAACAACUCCUAUGUGAAGCACUGUACUUAUAUGGAGUUAUGUUGCUGGUCAUCGACCAAAAGAUUGAAGGGGAAGUCAGAGAAAGAAUGCUAGUCUCUUACUAUCGAUACAGUGCGGCUCGGACUUCUGCUGAUUCAAAUAUGGAUGAUAUUUGUAAGCUUCUACGAAGUACAGGUUAUUCUAGCCAACCAGGAGCCAAGAGACCACCCAACUAUCCCGAGAGCUAUUUCCAAAGGGUACCUAUCAACGAAACCUUCAUCAGCAUGGUCAUUGGUCGACUGAGAUCUGAUGAUAUUUACAAUCAGGUCUCUGCUUAUCCUCUGCCAGAGCAUCGAAGCACCGCCCUGGCAACUCAAGCUGCCAUGUUGUACGUCAUUCUCUACUUUGAUCCUUCCAUUCUUCACACCCAUCAAGCAAAAAUGAGGGAGAUCGUAGACAAAUACUUUCCAGAUAAUUGGGCUAGCAGAUAUGCUACUGUCAGCGAGAAAGUGCAUGCCCAAGUGCUGCAGUUUCUGAAAGAAGGUUACUUAAGGGAAGAGAUGGUUCUGGAUAACAUCCCAAGGUUGCUGAACUGCCUACGAGACUGCAAUGUUGCCAUCCGGUGGCUGAUGCUUCACACUGCUGACUCAGCUUGUGACCCCAAUAACAAACGCCUUCGUCAAAUCAAAGACCAGAUUCUGACAGACUGUAGGUACAAUCCCAAAAUCCUUUUCCAGUUGCUGUUGGAUACUGCACAGUUUGAAUUUAUACUCAAGGAGAUGUUCAAGCAGAUGCUUUCUGAAAAGCAAGCCAAGUGGGAGCAUUAUAAGAAGGAGGGUUCUGAGAGGAUGACCGAGCUUGCUGAUGUCUUUUCAGGAGUGAAACCUCUGACCAGAGUGGAGAAAAAUGAAAAUCUUCAAGCUUGGUUCAGAGAGAUCUCAAAACAAAUAUUGUCUUUAAAUUAUGAUGAUUCCACAGCUGCAGGCAGAAAAACUGUGCAACUAAUUCAGGCUUUGGAAGAGGUUCAAGAAUUUCACCAGUUGGAAUCAAAUCUACAAGUGUGCCAGUUUCUUGCUGAUACUCGCAAAUUUCUCCAUCAAAUGAUCAGAACAAUUAACAUUAAGGAGGAAGUCCUGAUCACCAUGCAGAUUGCCGGGGACCUUUCUUUUGCUUGGCAGUUAAUUGACAGUUUCACAUCCAUCAUGCAAGACAGCAUACGAGUGAACCCCUCCAUGGUUACUAAACUCAGAGCCACGUUCCUUAAGCUCGCCUCUGCCCUUGAUCUUCCCCUUCUUCGUAUUAAUCAGGCAAAUAGCCCUGACCUGCUCAGCGUGUCUCAGUAUUAUUCUGGAGAAUUGGUGUCCUAUGUGAGAAAGGUUUUGCAGAUCAUUCCAGAAAGCAUGUUUACAUCUCUUCUGAAGAUCAUAAAGCUUCAGACCCAUGAUAUCAUCGAAGUGCCCACUCGCCUGGACAAAGACAAGCUGAGGGAUUACGCUCAGCUCGGCCCACGCUAUGAGGUUGCCAAGCUUACUCAUGCUAUUUCCAUUUUUACCGAAGGCAUCUUAAUGAUGAAAACGACUUUGGUCGGCAUCAUCAAGGUGGAUCCAAAGCAGUUGCUGGAAGAUGGAAUAAGGAAGGAGUUAGUUAAACGAGUCGCCUUUGCCCUUCACAGAGGACUGAUAUUCAACCCUCGAGCCAAGCCAAGUGAAUUGAUGCCCAAGCUGAAAGAGUUGGGAGCUACCAUGGAUGGAUUCCAUCGUUCGUUUGAAUAUAUACAGGACUAUGUCAACAUUUACGGUCUGAAGAUUUGGCAGGAAGAAGUCUCUCGUAUUAUAAAUUAUAAUGUGGAGCAAGAGUGUAAUAACUUCUUAAGAACAAAGAUUCAAGAUUGGCAAAGCAUGUACCAGUCUACUCAUAUUCCAAUACCAAAGUUUACACCAGUAGAUGAGUCUGUAACGUUUAUUGGUCGACUCUGCAGAGAAAUCUUGCGAAUCACAGACCCAAAAAUGACAUGUCACAUAGACCAGCUGAAUACCUGGUAUGACAUGAAAACUCAUCAGGAAGUGACCAGCAGUCGCCUCUUCUCUGAAAUCCAGACCACCUUGGGCACAUUUGGACUGAAUGGGUUAGACAGGCUCCUGUGCUUCAUGAUCGUGAAAGAACUCCAGAGUUUCCUCAGUAUGUUUCAGAAAAUUAUCCUGAGAGACAGAACUGUUCAAGAGACUUUAAAAACCCUCAUGAAUGCUGUCAGCCCCUUAAAGAGCAUUGUGGCAAAUUCCAAUAAAAUUUAUCUUUCUGCCAUUGCCAAAACACAGAAGAUUUGGAGUGCUUACCUUGAGGCUAUCAUGAAGGUUGGACAGAUGCAGAUUCUGAGACAGCAGAUUGCCAAUGAGCUAAAUUAUUCUUGUCGGUUUGACUCCAAACAUCUCGCUGCUGCUCUGGAAAAUCUCAAUAAGGCUCUCCUGGCAGAUAUUGAAGCCCACUAUCAGGACCCUUCACUUCCUUACCCCAAAGAAGAUAAUACACUCUUAUAUGAAAUCACAGCCUAUCUGGAGGCAGCUGGCAUUCACAACCCACUGAAUAAGAUUUAUAUAACCACCAAGCGCUUACCUUAUUUCCCAGUUGUCAACUUCCUAUUUUUGAUUGCUCAGCUGCCAAAACUUCAGUACAACAAAAAUCUAGGAAUGGUCUGCCGGAAACCUGCUGACCCUGUUGACUGGCCACCACUUGUUCUGGGACUGCUCACUCUGCUGAAACAGUUUCACUCCCGGUACACUGAGCAGUUCCUGGCAUUGAUUGGCCAGUUUAUCCGCUCCACAGUGGAGCAGUGUACAAGCCAGAAGAUACCUGAAAUGCCUGCAGACGUGGUGGGUGCUCUUUUGUUCCUGGAGGAUUAUGUUCGGUACACAAAGCUCCCCCGGAGGGUGGCUGAAGCACAUGUGCCUAAUUUCAUUUUUGAUGAAUUCAGAACAGUCCUGUAGCCUUUUUCUCCUUCAAUAAAAAGAUCAUCCUGCAGUA